AUGCCUCCCACAGUUGUGGGAGACCCGGCAGCGGUGCUCAAUCGAGUGCUGCACCAAGCCUGGCAACAGAUUCGACCUAAAACAGCCCGUCCCUCACAAACCUCCUCCCCAGAUACUUUGUGCCUCAUUCGACAACUCUGGGAUUUGCGCCGUGCACAAGCCCAGCCUCCACGGACCUAUUCAGUGCUUCGAGGCUGGCUCCAGGCGGCCAGACUACAAAGGGUCCAACGACUGCUGCGUAAGGCCUGUGCUGCCAAGAAGUGUGCCAGAGUGGAUGCUCUACUGAUUGAAGCAGAAAGCUCUAAGCAACCGUCGGCGCUCUUCAGUGUGGUUCGAAGGUUAGCCUGCAAGGUAAGAACUAUGAGAAUCCAGCUGAGAGAUAACGAAGGUCGCCUUUUGGCAGGACUUGAAGAGGCGGAGCAAAUAGCGGAUUUUCUCCGUCAGGUCUAUGGCAGCCAGCACAUUCGCAAGGCCCCCUGCCACCCAGAGUUUCAGCCUGUACAAUUUGAUGACCCCGAUCUGCUCAGAGCGCUUAUACAGCUAGGGAACACAAAAGCACUUCCCUCUUCAUUUGCUCCUGCCCGCCUGUGGAAGUUAGCCCCAUCCCAGGUUGUCCAAGCUCUUCUGCCAACUAUCAAUCUAGCCUCUUCCUCCAACAUGGAUGCCAGCUGGCAUGAGGUCCAGCUCUACCUAAUUCCCAAAGUGCAGAUUGUGAAAGAACCAAAAAAUCUUAGGCCUAUUGCCUUGUUGCACCCGGGCAACAAGCUUUGGGCAGCCAUGCUUGCAACCAGACUGAAGGACAAAGUAGCCAUGUACCUGCAAGAUGUGCCCCAGUGGGCCUACCUGGCUUCCAGAUCCACUGCAGAUGCACUCAUUGCCGUCUGCUCACACCUACACCAGGUACGUGAGCUACUCGCGGAUGCCAACAAGUCGCAUCCUCAUAGAUUCCGUGGGGCUGCCCAGCCCAACAUGGUAGGUGGCAUAUCUAUCAGCUUGGAUGUCAAGAAGGCUUUUGACAGCUUAAGACAUGAUUUCCUUGCCGAUGCAAUGAGGGAAGCAGAAUUUACGGAAUCCGAAGUGCAGACGGUACUGUUUCUGCACAGCCAGGCAUGUCUCAGGGUAGGCAGUUCGGAACAUGCGACGUCAGUCUUUCUCAAUACAGGAAUCAGGCAAGGAUGUUCGCUUUCUCCAAUCCUUUGGGCAUUAGCCACAGGAAGAUUUUAUCGCAUGCUCAUGCAAUCUUUCCGUGAACACGGGAUGCCCACAGGCACUGUCAACCUGUUUGCAGACGACGUGUUUGGCAGUUGGAAGUUCCAUAGUCCCGAGGACUUUAAGCUAUCCGUGAGGGCUCUCGGAAUCUUAGUAAGCACGCUUCAAAAGAUUGGCCUGGAGCUAAGCAAGGAGAAGACAGUCAUUCUGCUUGCAGCGGCGGGUACCAGUGCUCCCUCUGUCCUCUCCCGAUACAAGACGGUGAUCGACCAAGUAGUUCAUAUGAAAAUUCCAGUGGGUAGAACUAGGAUUGCAUUUCGCAUAGUAGCCUCCCACAAGUACCUGGGAGCCCACAUUUCGUACCAAGGCUUUGAGCUGCUCAACCUCAAGCACAGAUUGCAGGUCACAUGGGGCAGCUUCUGGAGGUUGCAUCACAUACUCAUCAAUCGCAAGCUCAGCUUAAGCACUAGAGUAAGGCUAUGGCAGGUAUGUGUCUUCAGUGUGCUGCGCUACUCCCUCCACAGUGUGGGCUUACCUCCACAAGGUAGCACCAUGAUCAAGCAAGCGGUCAACAGACAACUUCGCCUUAUUGCCAGAUCUCCUGCGCAUCUCUGGCAUAUCCCCUCCGAUGACAUUUUGACCAGGCUAAAAGUGGAGGAUCCAUGGGCCAUGCUCUGUCGACAAUUCCCAGCCGCAGACACGAGGCCAGGUCUCCUUGGCAGAGGGACAGGCGUUCUGGCCUGGCUAAGGUCUUUGCAGAGGACCGUCGAAUCCACUCAUAUCGUCCACUACAGUGUCAGGUCUGUGGACAGUCCUUCGACUCUCUUGGAGCACUUCGUCGCCAUACGGCACUGCAAUCGGGAAUGCACCACAUGGGAUGAUCUUAAAGUUCAUGUGUUCACCAGUACGUACUGGAUGACUAAGCUUCAGGGGCUCACUGCCUUCACGUGGGAGGAACUGACCACCUACCUUCGCAGGACGAAAAAGGAUGCGUCGCUGACGAUGGACUUGGAGGGAGUCUCGAGAGACGACUUGAUGCAAGCAGCAGCAGAGCUCCAGCACUUGCAGACUAUGGCUUUACAAGGCGAGGACUUCGCGAACACUCACCAACCCCCUCGCCGGCUCCAGCAGCCGAUGGGCUCCACACGUCUCCCUCCGACUCCGGAGGUUUUCACUUUCACGAACGAGCAGGAGGAGGAGGAGAAGCCACAGCAGAAGUACAACCGUCCCAACGGGAAGGGACUGGACCAAGGAAAGGGUCAACCCCCAACCACUCGAGGGUCAGGCAGGAGGCCACUCUUCUCCCCGCCACAGGGAGGUCAGGCGGCUCCCCAGAGAGGCCAAAGGCGGCCCUACCCAACAGGGGCGCCACAGCCACCGCACAACAGCGGCAGUGCACUCUCAACCAGUUCCUCGGCAAACUUGGUGGCCAGCGUAGCACGCCUGCUGUUGAGGCACGAAGGCCUUUUGACAGGUUUAGCGCAAAAUACGACAUGGAUUAUGUUUCAGGGAACGGCCCCUCCCUUGACUCCCGUUCCUGCGCAGAUGAGGAUAGGGGAGCAAUGGCAACUGACGAAACAGGAGUCGCCAGCACCCUUGAAACACCCGCUGAGGACAGUGUUGUUUCAAACGUGGUUGACCGAGUUGAAGCAACGCGUGGAGGAGCUCAGCACGGAUCCAGCACGGCGUCAAGAAGCCCUUCGGCUUCAAGCCCUGUCGGAGCACGACACUUUCCACUACAAGAAGUGGAACAGCAACCUCAGGGCUCUCGAGAGUGUGACAGACCGCGUUCCCUUGAAAGUCGACGAAGUUCUGGGCUUGAUCAACGAAGCGAUUGUGCUCAGCACUCUGGAAGACGCCUUGAUCAACUACAAUCCGACGAAGCAGUUGCUUCCAGAUAUGACAGGGCCGACUGUCACGUUCUCCCUUGUGGUGGGGCUCAGAGACCCCCGAGCCUUUCGCCUUUGGACGGUGAUAGAAGCUCUUUCGGGAAGCGGAGCGCUGAUGUUAGUAGCGACAACCUUGAGGAGGGAACGUCGGUCGAGGUCGCAGCUAGCGCAAGCAGUGGCACAAGACCUUCGGCGCUUGACCCUAGGCUCAACAGCGCUGAGUUGA